CACGAAUAGAGUACUGGUACCGGGUAGCUAGUAUUGCAGUUCAUUGAAAUGGGUGCUGGAGAUUCUCUCAUAAUCUAAAAUAAGAGGUAAACAUGGAGUCGUUUGUUGACACCCGCGCGUGAUGUCCGGCGCUGUUCUUUGGAUCUUUCACAUCCACGAUGGAGGCAAUCAAGAGUUCGCGAGUUCGCAACCCUGUUACCCUUUGAGGAGCUCACAAUCCAGCCCAAACGAAAAAAAGAGAAGAUACUUCACUUCCCCAUCUAAAGUCAAAUCACAAUCAUCCACCAUGCCAGAAGGAGAUAAGCCCGCUGUCCAAGAAGCCCCCAAGGGAGCCGUCCCAGAAGAAGGUCCCAAGACCACCAACUUUUUGAAGGUCGACAGGUCCCUCCGCCCCGAAGGAUUCCACAUUGAAGGCAGUGGCGCCAAGUAAUUCGAGGAGUCGAGUGAGGCGGAAGCAGGUCGAGUUGGAUCGUGUCCCGAUAGUAUGUAGUGUUUUGAGCGUCACUGUCGGCGUCUUGGGACGUUGCGAAUGAUGGAGGGACGAGACGGCUCUUGUUGUGGAUUUACGGAAGAGAUACUUUUUUCAAAUUAAGCAAAUAUAGGUGUUAUUGUGACC